CGGGACGGCGGCGGGAACAUGGCGACCCUCAGGGAUCGGCUUGGGGCCGUGGAGGCAGAGGGCAGCGCAAACAGGCGGGGGAGCGCGGGAGUGGAGGUGGUGCUUCUCUCCGAUCCCGCCACCCCCGCCCCGCUGUGCCCUCACGGACCCACUCUUUUGUUUGUGAAGGUGAGCCAGGGGAAAGAAGAAACACGGAGGUUUUAUGCCUGCUCGGCCUGUAGAGAUAGAAAAGAUUGUGAUUUUUUUCAAUGGGAAGAUGAAAAGUUGUCAGGAGCUAGACUUGCUGCCCGAGAAGCUCAUAACCGAAGAUGUCAGCCUCCUCUAUCCCGAACACAGUGUGUGGAAAGGUACCUGAAGUUCAUUGAGUUGCCAUUGUCUCAGAGGAAGUUUUGUCAGAGAUGUCAGCAGUUGCUGCUGCCAGGUGACUGGGAGGAGCAUCAGGAGCAUCAGGUCAAGGGUGAUAUUUCUAUCACCCAGUUAAAAAGGCCCAGUCGGCUCCUUUCUCCGUUGGAAAAUAAGAAGACAAAUGCCCAAUAUUUGUUUGCGGAUAGGAGCUGUCAGUUCUUGGUCGGCCUACUUUCUAACCUUGGGUUCAGAAGAGUACUGUGUGUUGGAACACCAAGGUUGCAUGAGCUGAUCAGGUUGAAAGCGUCAGGUGACAAGAACUCUCACAUUAAAAGCCUUUUAUUGGAUAUUGAUUUUCGGUAUUCACAGUUUUAUAUGGAAGAUAGCUUUUGCCAUUAUAACAUGUUUAACCAUCACUUCUUUGAUGGAAAGGCUGCGCUCGACGUAUGCAGAACGUUUUUACAGGAAGAUAAAGGUGAAGGAGUCAUUAUGGUGACAGAUCCUCCUUUUGGUGGCUUGGUUGAACCUCUGGCUGUUACAUUCAAGAAGUUAAUUGCUAUGUGGAAAAAAGGUCAAAGCCAAGAUAACAGUCAUGAAGAACUACCCAUUUUCUGGAUUUUCCCCUAUUUUUUUGAAUCCCGAAUUUGUCAGUUUUUUCCAAGCUUCCACAUGCUGGAUUAUCAGGUAGAUUAUGAUAAUCACGCACUUUAUAAACAUGGAAAGACCGGUCGGAAACAGUCUCCUGUGCGUAUUUUCACCAAUAUUCCACCCAACAAAAUAGUCCUUCCUGUCGAAGAAGGGUACAGAUUUUGCCCUCUGUGUCAACGAUAUGUUUCCCUAGAGAAUCAGCACUGCGAGCACUGUAAUUCUUGCACGUCCAAGGAUGGUAGGAAAUGGAACCAUUGCUUUCUCUGCAAAAAGUGUGUAAAACCUUCCUGGAUCCACUGCAGCACUUGCAAUCACUGUGCUCUUCCAGAACAUUCUUGCGAGGGCCCUAAAGAUGGCUGCUUCAUUUGUGGUGAAUUAGAUCAUAAACGCAGUACUUGUCCUGACAUCUCUACACCUAAGAAAGUUAACAAAGCUGUCAGAAAGCAGAAGCAAAGAAAAAGUAAUAAGAUGAAAAUGGAGACCACUAAAGGACAACCUGUGAAUCAUACAUCUGUUAAAAAGAAGAAGAAAAGGAGAGAAAGAGUCCGUCAGAAUCUUUGCUCUUAAUGUCUAGUGACUUGAGAAUAAGAAAGAUUUAUAGCCCAACCUUUGAUGUCAUUUUCUGAAAGUGCCAUGCUGGACUUAAAUUCUGUCACUUUCAAAGGUGUGCACCUUUCUAAGCUACAUAAUAGGCAGAUGAUGUCUGCUGGUUUAUAAGCCCCUCCGCAGUGUCUCUGGAGACCUGGUGAGUGGUCCCAUCCUGAGCUGGUCCACUAGCUGUCUCUCUGUGUCUUUUUUCUCUCUUUAAAUCCCUUUUAAUCAUAUUAUUUUAGCCUCUGUUAUCUGAAAAGUGGGUGUAUAGCUUUCUUUUGCAGUGUCAGAAGGAAAUGAAAAUGAAGUUUUAUAUUACAUAAGAAUGUUAAGUAAGAAAUGUUUUAAAUUAAAUAUUAAAAUAUUGUACAGUGGCUUAAGCCCCACUGAAUUACAAUGACAUUUAUUUUCAGACAGAAUCUGAAAAUGAUGGAAUUUUGACAAAGGUGGUCUAAAGACGUAAAGAUUAUAAUUA